AUGAAGUCCAUCCUAGGCAUGGCCCUCUGGGCACUAACCCUCAUCACCUCGGCCCUCGGCGCCGAAGUCGUCCCGCGCGCAACCUUCACCGAGGUAACAGACUACGGCUCGAACCCGACGGGCACGCGCAUGUGGCUCUACGUGCCGCAGAACCUCGCCGCUAAGCCCGCCGUCGUCGUGGGCAUCCACUGGUGCAGCGGCAGCGCGUCGGCAUACUACCAGGGCAGCCAGUGGGCGCGGUACGCCGAGACGUACGGGUAUAUCGUCAUCUACCCGCAGACGCCGUACACGCGCGACAACUGCUGGGAUGUGGCGAGCAAGAUGACGCUGACGCAUGGCGGGGGCGGCGCGAGUAAUUCGAUUGCGAAUAUGGUGAGCUUUGUGAUUGCGCAGUAUGGGGCGGAUAAGAGUAAGGUGUAUGCGACUGGUAUUUCGUCGGGUGCCAUGAUGACGAACGUCCUGGCGGCAACGUACCCAGACGUCUUCGCAGCCGGUAUCGCCUACGCAGGCGUCCCGGCCGGCUGCUUCAUGUCUGCGGACGACAUUCCCGACUUUUGGAACUCGACGUGCUCGACGGGCCAAUCCAUCUGGACGCAGCAGCAGUGGGCCAACGUCGUGUACAACAUGUAUCCGGGGUACACGGGCGCGCGGCCCAAGAUGCAAAUCUACCACGGCACGGCGGACGAGGCGCUCAACGUGCAGAACUACUACGAGACGAUCAAGCAGUGGACGGGUGUGUUUGGGUACUCUGCGACGCCGCAGUCGACGACGGCGGACUUUCCUAGGAGCCCGUAUACCAAGUAUGUGUUUGGGGAGAAGUUGCAGACUUUCCUGGGUACGGGCGUGACCCAUUCGAUUGAUGUGUUUCCGGAGGAAGACCUCAAGUGGUUCGGUUUUGUGACACCGGUGAGCUCUUCAGCUGCUGCGACGGUUCCUGCGACGACGAGCCGCGCUUCCACUACGCUGCGAACCUCCACGGCAGCAGCGACGACGACCACGGCAGCCGGGGGAUCCGGAACGGCGCCUCAGUGGGGCCAGUGCGGCGGGCUCAACUGGACGGGACCAACUGCUUGCGCGAGUUCGUUCACGUGUGUCAAGGUCAACGACUGUAAGUGUUGAUGAUGCUUUUGGGUAUGUGUGAGUGUGCUGACGAAGUGGUGAAGGGUAUUCCCAGUGCCAGUGAGUAAGACCGUCAACAAUGAUUGUGUCCAGCAUCGUCAGGCAGGGUCAUGAAAGCCGGGUCGAGAUUCAGAUUAACGAGGUGGAGGAAUGCUGUGGAAAACAAAGAACCCUCUGUUUUCAGCCUCGAGGUCUAGGUCUAGACUUCUAGAACACAGGCGAGAUGAGGAAAAAGAAGUAUUCAGCUGGCCUUGGCCUUUUCUCAUGAUACUGCUCGCAGAUGCGUGGUAAAGGUGCUUGCUUGGCUUGACGGUGAGGCUGCGAAGAUGGAAUGCGAUGAGGUCUGCAAGCGGCCGUGCAGCAGCGGGGUCGGCCAUCUUAUGAUGGAUUUUUCUUUGAAAGGGGGCGAUUGAGGGUCCAGUCUAGGUCUUGGAUUUGAGAGAGAAACCCUUUCCGCGAAACAUGA